AUGGAUAAACUAGGAGUUUACUUGCAAAUCCUCCUUGUGGCCCUCCUCUACACCACGAGCAAUGCCUCCACCGCUGCCAUGAACUACGUCACAGCCUCAUGCAAUACAACCCGCUACCCAUCACUCUGUGUCCGUUGUCUCUCAAGUUAUGCGGAUUCUAUCCAAGGAAACGAUUUAAAGCUUGCCAAAGCAGCCAUUUCUGUGAGCCUAAACAACGCCAAUUCCACGACAGCAUACAUUUCAAAACUGGCUGCGUCCUCAGGACUGAAACCAAACAUCUACCAAGCUGUGAAAGACUGUGUCAACAAUAUGAACAACUGUGUGUCAAGCCUAAACCAGUCGGUUCAGGAGCUCGAGAAAAUGGGUCAGUUUAGAGGCCAGAGCUUCGAAUGGCACAUGAGUAACAUCAAAACAUGGGUGAGUUCUGCUCUUACGAAUCAAAACACCUGUAGUAGAGGAUUCUCUGAUGGUUCCGUUGAUGGACCUGUGAAGGAUGCUGUUGUUAGGAGGAUGAGUUAUGUAACACAGCUCACUAGCAAUGCACUUGCUUUGGUCAAUAGGUUUGCUUUGAGGCAUAAAGCUGGUACCCACAUGCCUUAA